UUCAAGAAGCUGCAAGACUGGCUGAGGGUUUCGGCUGGUGUUACGGAUAACGGGACUCUUCCCUGUGACACGCUGCAGAUUACCUCCAGAAAGCUGAAAAGGACGACUUGGACCCAGGAAAUUGUCUGGCAAAUAAUCAACGAUGGCAAGAUCGAUUAUCGCCCAUUACAUGUGAGAAUGCCAUGGGUAGAUGGAAUGCCAGAUAUAAAACUCGAGAAUCCUUAUACAGUGACGUCUGCUGAGAUGAUAGAAAAAAUGUUCGAGUGCUUCCCAUCCCCUCGCGUGUUCAAAUCACAUCUACCAUACGACCUGGUCCCCAAGGGAUAUGGCCAGGCUACAAAGCCACAUGCACGUUAUAUUUACGUCAUGCGUAACCCAAAGGAUGUAGCUGUAUCUCUUUAUGAGUUUAUGGUCAAAGUGUCAGGCCGAGAAGCUCUCACCUGGAAUGAGUUAUUUGAGCUAUUUUACCAAGGGCAAGUUUAUUGUGGCUCGUGGUUUGAUCAUGUCCUCGGUUGGUGGAAGCACAGGGAUGAUCCUGAUAUACUGAUUCUAAAGUACGAGGAUAUGAGGAAGGACUUGCCAGGUGCUAUUCAAAAUAUUGCAACUUUCAUUGGGAAGGAGCUGCCCCGCGAGACCUUGGAGCUUGUUGUGAGCCAAACAUCAUUCAACGCCAUGAAGAAAGAAGGAAAUUCUAAUUUUUCCUUUCACAAAGGGUUCAAAGGUCUUUGCGUUCGUAAAGGCCAAGUGGGUAACUGGAGGGAAUACUUCACUGAAGACCAAAACAAGCGAUUUGAUUCUUUGUUCAAAGAGAAAUUUGCCGGAUCAGUACUAGAAUUAGAGUUUUGAAAGAGUACUAAACGGUCAACCUCGCUCUCUGCUUGAGAGGGGUACAGUUUCGCAGUUCAAAUAUGUAAUCGUUCAUCUAUUCACUUGUUCCUUAGGUUAUUAACAAGUACCCAAAAGAUUUCAUUUCCGUUCAUACUGGUUUUGCUUUUUCCCACAGUAGAUACACUUUCAUUGCUUGAAGCUAGCCUUACAAUUGUUGUUUCUUUGACCAGUUUCCCGGGUAUUUUACCCAAUGACUUAAACCUUCUUUCGCUUGAACAAGAAAACGAGACUGUAACACGAUCUAUUUAUCAGGAAAUUCUGAUAGGAAACUCGACAUAACGGGAGGUGACAUUAAUCUCCUGUGAAGACAACAUUACUUGCGAACGUUUAUUGAUCUAAAUUCCCAUUUAUUUGAGCAAAUCAUCAGGAUUUGUAAACAUGAUGGAU